GACCGGCGUUCACUCAAAUCCCUGCCAACCAGCCUCCCUAUACCUGCAGAAAAGAUGAAGUCCCUGACCUUGACUUUGUUGAUGCUGACCACGUGUAUACUUACGGUGUCCAAGUGUGAGACGGGAAAUGCCGAGAUCAUACGUGAACUGCAGAGCACGGUGGCCGCCUUGGGGAGGCAGCUGAUAAUGCAGCAGCUGUUUGUGGAGGAACGAAUACGGUCUGAGGGAAGUUCUGGGCUCAAGCAGAUAAGAUUGCAAACAGGCGGCAGCCGACCUUAUCACUCCACCACCUUCGUCGGUAACAGCCUGGCGAACAUCCACGACCAUAUCAACUACGACCGUACCCUGGGGAUGGGGGAGACGAUAGCUGUACUGAACGGUGUGGAGUUCAGGACUCGGCAUAAUGACUACAAGCUGAAGAUGCCAUGUCGUAGGAAACAGACGUUGCACUGCACUGAGGAUAUUCCCUUUCCAAAAGUGCCCAGAAAGGUCAUUUCAAAGGAAAGCGUCAGUGAUCAAAUAGCAGAGAUGAAGGAAUAUUUCAGAGCGUGGAAAGAGCAGGAUAGUUCAAUACGACGUUAUAGCAAUUUUUUCAAGCCUGUACUUUGCUACUUGGAAGGCGCAUGGAUGAAAAGUUCAGCGUCGCUCCAGGAAUCCUUCGCCAGCGACCGCCACUUUCUGGACGCCACCAGUUGGUUCGACCUGCAUCAGAAGGCUCGGUUCAGCGCAGCCUCUGGUCGUAAGGACAACUUAGAGAACUUCGCCUACCUCCCCGUCACGAUCGCUCACCUCACCGGAAUCAACGGCACCAUUCCCGAGUUUGCGCAGUGGAACUAUCGGAUAUUAUGCCAUCCUCUCUCCCAAGACGUGCCCUUCAACAGGUUCCGCACCGUGGACGACCUCCAUUCUAGAAUGGCUUUCAAAGCGGGGAUUGAUCAACAGACGCUGUCCAGAAGGGCAAGAUUUCAACUGAACCCAGAGGACUCGGACCAUUGGGGUGAGGGUCGUUUCUACGAUUAUGGUUUCUUGGACUCAUUAAUGGAGCAGAUCCCAGGGAAAGACAACUACCGCGCCAACUUGACGGACGACCUGUUUGGUGACGUGGCCCUGCGGUAUGAGGACGACGAGGACGGCAGCCCCCGUGUGCUGAACGCUGGCUUUUAUCAUCGCUGGUUCAAAGUUACGCAAAAGGGGGCAGAUGGCCGGAAGUUGAUGCACCGUGGGUACUCUGACCAAAAUGUCUUUAUGGCUAUGACGUCACAACCGGAUGUAGUUGGGCUGAACAUAACUAACUGCGCUCGGCGUGGACGAGACUGUGUGACGGUCCAGCAGAAAUGGACAUACGCAAUCCCGCUGGAGAUAGUGUAUAUGACACCGCUAAGUAGAUGGAACCCGUACGAUUUGACGUUCAAAGGGCUGGCAUACACCGACGAGGGGAUGUCUGUGAAGGAGGGAAACCGAAAUGGGCAAAAAACUGUGGACAAGGCCUUUAAUGGGACCAACAACGCCCUCUAUUAUCAAACCCCGGUAGAGAUGUUUGCCAGAAAACAGAGAGGAGACACUGCCGAUACCGGGAGAUACGGUGUAGGCGUUCUGGAUAAAAACGGUGUAGUGAGAACAGUUGACGCGUCUGGUUUUCGAGUGAAACUGAACAUUGCUGACGUAGGCGAAAUACGUCAGCGAUGGCCCAUAAUGCCUGCGUCGGUAGAGGGCAGCACGAUCAUGAAAGAGAUAGACGCGCUCAAGGACAUGGUGAUGGACCAGCAGCGGUAUAUUAACAUGUACCGCGAGAGUCCCUUGGCUCUGGCCACGGGAACCACCAUGGCCCCUGUGACUGCUGACCAAACCCUAGAGACAUCGCUGUCCACGAGUGCAGUGAUCAGCCAGCAUAGCCACACCUUAGUGCUGGAUGCUGACAGUAUCCAAAGAAUGAAGGACGGAGCUAAGAUCGCAGUUAGAACAUCUACAGACAACGGACAUUUUCACGAACUGAAAGUAUUCUACAAUAGCAGCAUCGGCCGCUUCCAGAUGUUUAAGUGUGAUCUGCAAAACCACUGCUGGGAUGGACAUGACUCACAUCUCUGGCCCUCUGACGGAUAA